AUGGAGGGGGAUGUGGAGGGGGUGAUGGACCGACCGGUCGGGAACACGGCCGACGUGUACGCGGAGUGCGAGAAGUGGGACGCAUGGUACGCGCAGAGCGGCCUCUCCCGCACCGAAGCCAAACGCCGCUACAUCUCCACGCUCAUCGAGACCAUGCACCGCUAUGCGUCGCAAACCCCCGAGGCCCGCGAACUCGUCGCCGAGCUGGAGUUCGUCUGGGACCAGAUCAAAUCCAACACCUCCUCUACCUCCUCCGGCUCCAGUCCGCUGCGCCCCGUCGGCGUGCCGCCGCUCUCCCAGCAAACCUACCCCUACGCCAGCAUCGGCGGCCGUCUGGCCCGCUCGUCCACCGCCGACUAUGAGCACAUGGUGGCCGUCGCGGCGGGCGGCGGGCGCGGCGACUCGCGGCUGCGCGUACUCAGCCCCGUCAGCCAGCCGGACGAGAUGUACCAGCGGCACCGGUCGGAGCUGGGCGACGACGAGGCGGUGGAUGAGGAGCUGGAGGAAGACGAGGAUGAGGAGUAUGCCGAGGCUCAGGACACCCUUUACGACGACGACGAAGACCACGAGAACCGGUCGUACGAGCAGGAGCGCGAUGCCGCCUCCGCCUCCGCCUCCGCCGCCGACGACGACGUAUCGCGCGGGCGACGACCGCACGACCCAGCCCGACAUCCUCCGCCCCCAUCGUCGUCGUCGCACCACCCGUCCGACGGGGACAACCGGCGGUGGCGGCGACGGGUCGAGCAGGCCUUGACCAAGAUGACGGCGGAGAUUGCGGCGGUGCGGGAGCAGAUGGAGGCGCGCGCGCUGGCGCACCGGCGGCGGUCCAGCCUGUGGGCGUGGCUCAAGUGGCUGGUGUGGGUGACGUUCCGGCAGAUCAUCUGGGACCUGGCGGUGCUGAGCAUGCUGCUGAUCUGGAUGCGGGUGCGCGGCGACCGCCGGCUGGAGGAGAAGCUCAAGGUGGGAUGGGCCGAGGUGAAGACACGGCUGGCCAAGUUGAAGGGCCUUCGACGGGUUCCGAAGGUGUACAUUUUCCCGUGA